AUGGCGGACGAGCUCGAGCGCGAGAUCCUCGCGAUGGAGACGCGGCUGCUCGAGGUGAAGCUGACGAUGGAGGCCGAGAAAGUCAACUGGGAGCGCGCCAACAAACCAACCAAGAAGACGGGUACGCAUUGGAAGCGAGCGGCGAGAACGCCUCAGACGUCGGCGCCGCCCGUUCCUGUGCCCCCGGCCGAGAAGCCGCGGGCUCCGAAGCGAUCGAUGACGGCGCUGCUUCGGCAACAAACAAGCGAAUGGAAUACAACUGACGUAGUCGCGUGGCUCGAGCACCUGCAGUUCUUGGAGCUCGCACGCCUCGCGGGGGCAAGCGGUAUCAACGGCGCACAGCUCCUAAGUGCGCACUUGGGGUUGAGCGAUCUGCAUCUCCGCCAACUCUUUCGCAUCUCACUCGUCGACUCGUCCUGGAAAGCGUUCGUGCGGGAGGUCGCCAGCCUCCAUCGCCGGCAUGUCGAGAUGCAGCAGCAGCUCACGCCACCGCCACGCAUGACACCCAACGACGUUUCGCUGCCGACGAUCGCACCGCCGACCCGCAAGCAGAAGCGCGUCAAGAAGACGCAACCCAUGGCUGCCUGCUGGAUCUGCGCCAAGGCAGGAAAAUGCUUGGGUCGAUGUGGACGCUGA